CAUAACUGUGAAAGAGGGGUGGGGGUUUCUCCCAGGUUUAAAAGGGUCUCCUUCUGUGCAGGAGUCAGAACUAGGCUACAUUUACUCCUGACACAGGUCAGAAUGAAGGCUCUGCUCAACUGUUUUGGGUUCAUACUGGGCCUGCUGUUGAGCUGCGCCGUCCAGGCUGGGAAAACAGCCUUUCCUGAAGACUGCACAGACAUUCGGAACCAGACACCUCAAGCCCCCAGUGGAGUUUAUGAAAUCCAGCCAGCAGGAGGCAACGGCCGCUUCAAGGUGUACUGUGAGAUGCGUCCGGAUGGUGGCUGGAUAGUGUUUCAGAGACGAACUGGAGGAGUGGUGUCCUUUCACAGGAAGUGGGCAUUUUACAAAUAUGGAUUUGGAUCUCUCGUAUAUGACCACUGGCUCGGUCUAGAGAAGGUCCAUCUUCUCACUAAGGACAAAACUAAGAAGUGGACUUUGAGGGUGGACCUGUGGGACCAUGAAGGCAGCACCGCAUUUGCUGAGUACAACAACUUUAAAAUAGGAAAUGAGGGAACAGCUUAUAAACUUCAGGUUGGGAGAUACAGUGGAAAUGCAGGUGAUGCCAUCCGUGGGGCCUACCCAGGCAUUGACCAAAAUGGCUUUGGUUUCAGCACCAUCGACCGCGAUAAUGAUGGCUGCUCUCCAUGCAUCUUCGGCGACAUUGCUGAAGCAGAGUGCGCUCUUUCAGAGGGCGGCGGCUGGUGGUACAGCCGGUGUGGCUCUGCAAGUCUGAAUGGUGAAUGGCAUCCAUCAGGGGAUCACAUCGGCUGGGCUUCGGGUCUCCACUGGCUCACAUGGAAACCUCCUGCACCUUAUUCAGCACAGGCUACUAGAAUGAUGAUCAAACCUGAAUGAUUCCUCCUGUCAGCUUUGAUUCAUGUUGGAUGAAAGUUUUGGAUAAGUUGGCUAAUUUUGGAUGUCACAGGUCUUAAAACAAAGUGAAAAUUCUCCCAUGCAAAUAUUCAAUCCAUAAAAUCUAAAUGUCUGUAAAAUGAGAAUAAAGGUUUUGACAAGCUGG